AUGAGAAAUUUAUUUUUAGAUGAAGAACAAGAAAGCGAGACAAACAGAGAAGAAGAAAGCAGUGAUGAUAGCGACGCUAGCGAAAGUCAAGAUCCAACCGAAACAUCAUCUGCGAACACUUUCGUUGCUAAAGAUGGAACUGUGUGGAAUCAAUUACCACCUGAUUUUCACCAGACUCCGGCACACAACGUUGUUCGUCAAAGAAGUGGACCGCACCAAUCAACUGAAACAAUGUCUGUUUGUGACACAUUUAGAUGCAUAUUUACUGACGAAAUGAUUGACAUUAUUAUAAGACACACGAAUAAAAAAGCAAAACGUGUUUAUGAGACGUACAAUACCAAUAAUCCUACGAAAACGCAACUUGAAUGGAAAGAUCUUACUGUACGUGAGUUCAAUUUAUUUCUGGGAAUUCUCAUAACAAGUGGUGUCAAUCAUUCAAACACACAGUAUGGAUUAGAUAUGUGGAAAACAAAUUCAUAUCCAUUAUAUCGUGCAAGCAUGGGUUAUAUUCGAUUUCGUAACAUCUUGCGAUUUAUUCGUUUCGACGACGCAAAUACGCGAGAAGAACGUCAGCAACUCGAUAAAGCAGCACCUAUACGUGACUUAUGGUCAAUGCUCAAUUCAAAUUUGCAAAAAUACUAUCGGCCAACUGAAAAUUUGACAAUAGAUGAACAAUUAUUUCCAUAUCGAGGUCGAAUGAAAUUCAAACAAUAUAUUCCAUCAAAACCUGCUAAGUACGGAAUAAAAAUUUGGUGGAUAUGUGACGCUGAAAACUAUUAUCCGCUCACUGGACAGAUUUAUACAGGAAAACCAUCUACAGGUCGAGAUAUAAAUCAAGGUGAAAGAGUAGUAAAAGAAUUGGUCGCUCCAUACAAAGGAUUUGGACGAAACAUCACGACGGAUAAUUUUUUUACAACUCUGCCGCUUGCAAAACAUUUAUUAUCGUGGAAUUUGACGAUAGUAGGAACUCUAAAAAAAAACAAAUCUUAUAUCCCUCAAGAAAUGGCACCAUCUAAUGUACGUCAAGUAUUUUCUACACUUCUACAGUAUACGGAUUCCAAAACAACGUAA